AUGAAUAAUCGUCGACAACGAAUUCAAUUUCUUUUUAUUACUUUAUUAAUACUUGUAAUAAAUGUUGAAAGUCGAGCUUUUGAUGGCAGUGAUAAUAAUUUAAAGAAUCCUACCUCUGGUAUUCCAUCACAAAGUUUCCAAAGAAAUUAUCCUCCUCAAGCAUUGUUUGGAGCAGAUGGAGAUUCAAUGAUAAAAUCACCUUCUGAUAUAGUUUUCGCUGACCCAACACAACCAAUACCAAAAUGUACAGGCUUACUUCCGGUUGAUACUUAUCCAAUGCCAAGAUGUGUAUCAAAUAUCCUCACUAAUUAUAAUUUACAACCUUAUAAUUUUAGCCAAAUAUCAGAUUAUCGAUCUAAAAGACAAACAAGCCAUUUGAUUACUUUUUUUGCACAAUUCAUCUCUUUUGAUAUAACUGAUUCAUCAACCAUGAAUCCAUCAAUUCCAAUGUACAUACCAGCUGAUGAUGCAAUUUACAAUUCACCAAAAUCAAUUCCAGGUCAAUUAAGUGCUACAACAAAAUUUUUACCUUUUAACAGAUCAGAUUUUUCUACAGCAGGAACUACAAAACGUAAUGGUAUUAAUAAUGUGACACCAUUUCUGGACUUGAGUCCUUUAUAUGGUAUCAGUAUUGCAGAAUCAAAUAUGCUUCGUGAUCUUGGUAAUAGAGGCAGAAUGAAAACAAAUGGAGGAAGUCCAACCAACUCAUAUCCAAUAAGAAACCAAACAACAGGAAGUUAUAUUAUGGGUACACACUCAACAAGAUCAAAUAAUAUUUUCACUUUAGCAAUUUUGACUAUUUGGUUACGUGAACAUAAUAGAUUGUGUGAUGAAUUGUAUGAUAUACAUGGUGAUACUUGGACUGAUGAUCAAUAUUUUGAAGAAGCUAGGAAAUGGAAUAUUGCAUUUUAUCAAAAAGUAGUAACAGAAGAAUAUCUUGGUGUUGUAUUGGGCCAACCAUUACCGCAAUAUCAAAAAUAUGAUCCAGCCCUAACUCCAGGAAUUGACUUAUUCUUCUCCACUAUAACAUUCAGAUAUGGUCAUACUGAAUUAAGUGAUUAUUAUCAUAUUAAAGAUAAAUAUGGUGAUAUAGUUAAAGAAAUUCCAUUGAGUGAUAUUUUUAAUAUGGAUUUAUUAGAAUCCUUUGAUUUAGUAUAUUUAAUAAGAUCAAUGUCUGUUCAACGCCAAGAAGAAGUUGAUUCGUAUUAUACAGAUUCUACAAGAAAUGUAAUAACACCUGAACCAAACACUUAUGACGUUGGUGCAUUUGAUCUUUUAAGGUCAAGAGAUAGGGGGAUUCAGUUAUAUAACAAUGUUCGUCAAGCAUAUGGUUUGGCAAGAAAGAAAACUUGGGCAGAAAUAACAUCCAUUACAAAGUUGCAAUAUUAUUUAAACCAAUUGUAUCCUAAUGGUCCUGAUUCAUUAGAAGCUUUUGUUGGAGCAAUGGUUGAAGAUCAUUUGGUUGGAUCUAAUUUUGGUGAAUUAUUGAGUACUAGUAUAAAUUCGGAUAGAUUCUGGUGGCAGAAUACUCAGAAUAAUCUGUUUACUGCUGAUGAAAUGGCUGUUAAUAGAAAUACAACUUUCAAGGAUAUAAUCAUUCGUAACCUUCCAGAAGAUGUCAGAACAGCUGUUCCACAGAAUAUUUGGACGGUUCAACCAGUAACAAAAGUUGAUAGUCCACGAUCAUCUGAUUAUCCUGGAGUUAUUGAAUUAUGGACCACUUACCUUGUUAGUUACAAGAUUGUUGGGGAAAAUAUCAAUUUCAAAGUUCAAUUGGAAACCGUUGGUGGUGAAGGAUGGUUUGGAAUGGGAUUUAGUCCUGAUGAUGAUGGAAUGAAAGGAGCAGAUUUUGUAAUUGGAAUUGUUUCAAAUGGAAAUAUAACUUUAAAAAAUUAUCGAGCUGCUGGUAUGGGCUAUCAUCCUCCUAUUGUUGAUGAUAAUGGUCCAGGCUUAGCAAUCAGUAAAAAUGAAAUAGUAAAUAACCUUGCUACAAUUGAAUUUGCACGACCUUUAUCACCUGGAGGAAGAAAAGGAAUUAAUAAUGGGCCUACAAAAUAUAUUUUGGCUUAUAAUCCUGGAAGUUCACAAAUUUCCUAUCAUUCAAACAAUCGUCAAUUUAUAAUUGUAGACUUUUACAAUCAUCAAAUUUCUGCAUCAGCUGUAACUAAAGCUGCAAAAUUAGCAAAGUUAAGUCAUGGAGUUGGAAUGUUUUUAACUUGGAGUGUUCUAUUCCCUAUUUCAAUUUUCAUAGUUAGAUAUUACAAACAUACCAAUAAUUAUGUUAAAAUACAUCGAUUUGCACAAUUACUUGGUGGUAUUAGCGUUGGUAGUUUUGGUGCAGCUGCUAUGACAACAAUUAGUUUAAUAUCAAUUUGGAGUCAAGCAUUUAUAGUAUCAGUUAAUCAGGGUUAUCCUAGAUUUUUAAAAAGGAUUCAUAAAUUUUUUGGUGUUUCCUUAUUAUUAUCUGCAUGGGUUAAUGUAUAUUUGGGAAUUUAUACAUUUUGUACAUCUUAUGGACAUAAUCCACUACCAUAUACGAUGUCAUAUCUUUUAUUAGUCUCAGUUACGAUAUCAGCCUUUAUAUUUGGUCAAUAUUAUUGGCGUUGGGGAACAAGAUGGAAUAUUAGGAAAUUAAAAAAAAAUCACAAAGGAGGUUUUGAGAAAGAUACAGAUGAGGAGGAAUCUAAAUCAAUACUAUUCAAUUAUAUCACUAUGGAAAAAUAUAACUCAUUACCAGAGUUUACAUGGGAUGAACUCAAUGAACGUGUUCAACUAGAUGAACCAGAUGUUCCACCACUUUCAACUGGUGCUUCAGAUUCAGUAUCACCAGUUUUAGGAAAAUAUACAAAUUUAUUACGUGAAAGAAACAAAAAAAAUAAAUUAUCUUACAAUAAAAGAUCAGUGGCAAAAAUUUUUGAUAAUGUGAAUGUUAAAUAUUUUCUAAAAUCUCCAUUAGCUGUUCAUUCGCACAGUUUAUUCGCAGCCAAAAAAUUGUCAACAUUAAUUGUGGCAAGAUUAAAAGAAAAUGACUAUAUAAAUCCAUCAUCUUCACCAAUCACACCUCAAUUUGGGCCAUUUAAUGAUGAUGGUCAAAUUUAUUCUAAUAAGGAGAGUGCAAUGAGUGAUUUAGAUAUUACGAAACAUGAAGCUGCAUUCAGAAAUGAUCAAUUGAUAGGAUAUGAGAUUCAAGUGAGAGGGCCAUUUGAUAUUGGUGAUAGAAUCAAUUUAACAUCACCAGCAUUACCUCAAUCUGCUGAUUUUAAAACUGCAUAUAGAAAAUCAGUCUUAUCAAUGCCAACAUCUCCAUCAAAUAUAUCUCAUCCAAGAACUAUAGUGGAUAUUAUUGAUGGUAUUGAAUUAGAAGAAUUGGCAAUAAAUAGUAAUAAUUUUCUGAAUAUAACCUAUUUGUUAUCACAUCCACCUGAAGGUUGGUUAGGAAUUGAAGGUAGACUUGAUCAGUUGAUAAUUGAUAAAUGGUUAAAAUCACAGAUUGGUAUGGUUAAUCACAAUAAUGAUAAUAAGGAUAAGAGCGUCCUUAUUUCUUCUAAUAAUAAUAACAAGAAACAUCAUCAUUCAAAAUCAAAUUCUUUGAAUGAUUCAUUAAGUAAUAUUGCAUCAUCAGUAAUUCAUAAAUUUUCAAAUUCAAAUUUACGCAAAUAUCCACCAGAAUCUAAUCAUAUCCCUUCUAAACUUGGUCCUAAUAGUAAAAUAUUUGUUUGUGGUCCACCUAAUAUGAUGAUUGCUGUUGAAAAAUCAUUAAAGAAUCUUGGAUAUCAUGAAAAUGAAUUUAUAUUAUUAAUUUAG